AUGCCUGACCUUCUCCCCCCGCCCCCGUCCACCAGCGAUUCGGCCUUCUUCGCCGUCUUCAACCCGUAUCCAUGCCAGCCGCAGGGAACCCUCGCCGACAAGAAGACAUUUGCGCGAUGGUUGGCAUGUAUUGUGGGUGCAGAAAACCUAAUCUCCUUUUGGUACAAACCGAGCUCCUCGAACAUAGUCCUUGUGGAAACCACAAGGGAUGGCUUUGACCAGCGUCUUUUGUUAGGCCAGCACAAGUGGGGCGAGCUACUGAAAGAUGCUUCCAUGGAAGAGAAGACGCAGGCCACCUGCGUAUACCAAUGCACGAAGAACAACACCUGGGAUCUCGACAAGGCCCGAUGGAUGCGGACCGACUUCUCUACGGCCUGGUUCAACAAGUGGUCCCCAGAACGUGAUUACAGAGUAGUGUUCCCUUACCCACCCUCUACGUUCUGCAAGCCUCCUACGGAAAACGUCACUGCAGUCGCCAUUUGCCGACCUCUUCUUCAGGCGCACUUCGAGGCUCGCCCUCCAGCCAGUGCUCCGGUGUUUACACCUGCCAAUCGUGACCCAGCGACGGCUGAGGGCGACACAGAGCCCCUGACAACCGACACAGACAGCAACGGCGAUCCUGAUUCCACCGUCCCCCGACGCUCAGAGUCGCUAUGGGCGGGGUACGACACCGAGGACGCCUCAGUCCAGGAAACCUGCGAGGUGCACGGCGCACUGUGCUCGUCCGGCAUCUGCGCACUGCAGGCCGCGCGCAAGAAGGAGGAGGCCCUGAAGCAACGC